GAAGGAGGAAGAAGAAGAAGAAGAAGAAGAAGAAGAAGAAGAAGAAGUAGUAGUGGAGAAUCGCCAUUCUGAAGACUCAGUGAGUUGCGAACUCGCUAUUGUAGCUUCUUCUGCAGUAUUGAUUGGAAAGGACUGAGUGAUGGAUGAGUCUAGUGACUCGUUUUCGAUUGAUAUUGACAUUGUUCCAUUCGGAGGGAAGGAAUUUGUGGUGAAAACAAGCAGAGGUUCAAUAUCGGUUUUUGUUUCUGGUGACCAAGAGAAGCCUGCACUUAUAACAUAUCCAGAUGUGGCUCUCAAUUACACAUCUUGUUUCCAAGGUCUAUUCUUCUGUCCCGAGGCAGCUACUUUGUUGCUUCCUAACUUCUGCAUUUACCACAUCGAUGCCCCAGGGCACGAGUUAGGAGCUGAUGUGAUUUCUUCAGAUGCUCCAUUGCUCAGCGUGGAUGACCUCGCAGACCAAGUUGCCGAAGUUCUUGAUUUCUUCGGUUUUUUGAACUCAGACUGAAAAAAGGUUCUAUGCUUGGGGGUAACUGCUGGUGCUUACAUCCUUACACUCUUUGCAAUGAAACAUAAAGAGCGCGUGCUUGGGUUGAUUCUCGUUUCCCCUAUUUGCAAAGCGCCUUCAUGGACUGAAUGGCUUUACAACAAGGUCCUGAUGAACUUGCUAUACUUCUAUGGUAUGUGUGGCGUAUUAAAAGAAUGCCUUCUCCAACGGUACUUCAGUAAGGAACUUAGGUGUGGCGCACAUGGUUCAGAAUCGGAUGUUAUUCAAGCUUGUCGAAGGCUGCUGGAUGAAAGGCAGAGUUUGAAUGUCAUGCGAUUUCUUCAAGCGAUCAACGAGAGACAUGAUCUUACUGAUGGCCUGAAGAAGUUGCAAUGUAAAACACUUAUUUUUGUGGGUGAAAGUAGUCCAUUCCAUGUUGAAUCUGUAUAUAUGAGCUCAAAGAUGGGCAGAAAGCGUUGUGCUCUUGUCGAGGUUCAGGCAUGUGGUUCACUGGUAACAGAAGAGCACCCGUUGGCCAUGAUUAUUCCAAUUGAAUUCUUUUUAAUGGGAUUCGGGUAUUACAGACAACCAAAUUUUGCUUCCUCAUCGAGUAAUGGUUCAAACCCUGCCAGUCCCUUGAGCCAUUCUUGCAUAGCACCCGAGCUUCUAUCUCCAGAAAGUCUGGGAAUCAAACUCAAACCUAUUAAAACCCGCGUGGAAGUUGAACUUUAACGUAUGUGGGUUACUCUGAUUCCAUUAGUUUCGGUCGUAUCUCGGAUAAGUCAAUAGGGAAAAAAAAAAAAAAAAUAGAUUCCAUGUGCGGAAGAACAUUAAGGCUGUUGUCCUUACACAUUUAACAUUGUUGAAAUUCCUGUAUAAUAACGUCCACAGUGUAGCAUAUUCUUUGAUUUAUGUUGGUGGGAGGAGGAUAGUCAUUAGGGUUUUGUUUCAAUGUAUCCAUUUUUUACUGUAGAUAAAAAUGAUACAUUCACAUUCUUUUAGUCGAAAGCUUUGACUUCUUAUUA